GCCAGUCAGAUGAAACCACCUCCUCUCCACUCUAUAAAACCCCACCCCUUCUUACGCUCUCUCUUGUGUCCUCUCCUCUCCUCUCCUCUUUCACUUCCUCAGCCUCUGCCUCCGAUUUAUUGUAAACAUACAUACAACUCCAGAGAUGGAUACAUUUCUCUUCACCUCUGAAUCUGUCAAUGAGGGCCACCCUGACAAGCUCUGCGACCAAGUCUCAGAUGCCAUCCUUGAUGCUUGCCUAGAGCAAGACACAGAGAGCAAAGUUGCAUGCGAGACCUGCACAAAGACUAACAUGGUGAUGGUCUUUGGUGAGAUCACAACCAAGGCUAAAGUAAACUAUGAGAAAAUAGUUCGAGACACUUGCAGAGGCAUUGGGUUUGUGUCACCAGAUGUUGGUCUUGAUGCCGACAACUGCAAGGUCCUUGUUAAUAUUGAGCAACAGAGCCCUGACAUUGCUCAAGGAGUUCAUGGUCACCUCACCAAGAAGCCUGAGGAAAUUGGAGCUGGUGACCAAGGCCACAUGUUUGGCUAUGCUACAGAUGAAACGCCUGAGCUCAUGCCGCUAACUCAUGUGCUUGCUACCAAGCUUGGUGCCAGGCUAACUGAUGUCAGGAAGAACAAAACAUGCCCAUGGCUCCGGCCGGAUGGAAAGACUCAAGUGACUGUAGAGUAUAAGAAUGAGGAUGGAGCAAUGGUACCUCUCCGGGUGCACACCAUCCUUAUCUCAACUCAACAUGAUGAGACUGUGACAAAUGAGCAGAUUGCCAAGGAUUUGAAAGAGCAUGUGAUUAAACCUGUUGUCCCCUCUCAGUAUCUUGAUGACAAAACCAUUUUCCACCUCAACCCUUCAGGUCGGUUUGUCAUCGGUGGACCUCAUGGAGAUGCAGGACUUACCGGCCGGAAGAUAAUUAUCGAUACAUAUGGUGGGUGGGGUGCUCAUGGUGGAGGUGCCUUCUCCGGAAAGGACCCGACCAAGGUGGACCGGAGUGGUGCAUAUAUUGUUAGGCAGGCAGCAAAGAGUGUGGUGGCUUCAAGGCUUGCUCGCCGCUGUAUUGUGCAGGUUUCUUAUGCAAUUGGUGUGCCGGAACCGCUGUCGGUGUUUGUGGACACAUACAAAACAGGGACGAUUCCAGACAAGGACAUAUUGGCUCUGAUUAAGGAGAAUUUCGACUUUAGGCCAGGAAUGAUUGCCAUCAAUCUAGAUCUUAAGAGAGGAGGCAACUUCAGGUACCAGAAGACUGCUGCUUAUGGUCAUUUUGGCCGUGAUGAUCCAGAUUUCACAUGGGAGACUGUAAAGCCUCUCAAGCCCAAGGCUUGAGUUUUGCAAAUGGUUAUUAUCGUAGCCCAUCAUUACUACUUGAAGAUAAAAUAAAGAAUAUUCAUUGUAUGUGUGAAGCGAUGUGUGCUUCAGGUUGAGCUUUAGCAAAUCUAGGAACCUUUACCAUUUGGUGCUGUCAUUUGUAUUUUUUCAGUUUUUCCCUUUAUCCAUUCUUCAUGUAUUGUUUCUGCAACCAACCUGAUGUCAUUUAUUCGAAUUGAUCUAUUUUCAAUUUAUUA